CCAAUUUCACGCUAUAUCUGACAUCACAUCGAUCGAAAAAAUACGCCCAACAGUGAGAUGUUGAGAAACGAGUAUUGCGUGAGCAGUGCACAAGAAGUGAUGACGAGUUAUUUUGUGUGCAUCAGUGUUGUGUUCCCAUAGCAAGUAAACAAAGGGAACUUGGCAUGUGAGUUCCUAAGGAUGUAGGGAUUUCCUUGUGAACUAUCACCACCUAAAACUCAAAUCACAGUCUGUUUUAUCACUUUAUAUUCACUUUAUUUAGUUAUGUUAUAUUUUCACAAGUACUGAAAACGUUGACGUCAUUUUAGAGGCUGACAUUACGUCUGGGCAGUCGCCAUUUUUAUAAGAGACAUUUCCGGAGACUAUUUUCGGACACACAUCGACGACCAAAACACGUCACAUAGACGAACGCACAGUAGAUACCAAGAAGUAAACUGAAAUAAAGGAUUCGAGGGAUGUCACGAGAUUACGAUGCUGACAGCUUUUUUGACACUCAGCCUGUGAACCUGACUGGUGCGUACGAUCGUGGGGAUACUCCACCUCGGAACCACACUCCACCGCGUCACACCCCAGAUACCCUCACAGGCGUGAGUCCAGACUCAUCGCCAUCCCAUACUUAUACAAAAACUAACUCAGCAAGCAUGGCACACAAUAAACAUAGAGACACCAAAAAACACAGUGACAGUUCUUAUUCAAGGACUUAUUCGGAGUACAGUGAUAGGAGAAGAUCCCGCUCUAAAUCCUAUGAAAGUUACACCGAUGAUGAUUUUGAGGAAUCUGAUCACUCAGAUUAUGGUGAUAGACGUACUCCACGUAGAGGUACAGGAGAUAGACACAGAGGAUCAAAAGGACGCAGCUUGCACCGUGCAUACAGUGGGUCCAGUACACACAGUACUACUACUAGUGUCUAUGGGAAGCCAAGCUACAGACCAAGAAAUAAAGCCACAAAACGAACGGGUCGGUCACAAAGCCAUACUGGAGGUGCAAAAGUGUCACCACGAGAACCAGAUGUUGUGGCAAAACGCAUGCUUUCUGCUCGUCUCCAUACAAUAAAUAGACUACGAAAUGAUUAUGGGGAUCUUGAACAGAAAUAUGAUGAGCUUCUGAGAGAGAACAAACUCUUAAAAACACUUCAGAGACGACAAGACAAAGUAAUUAAUAAAUAUGAAGGUCAAGAGAAUGAACUUGGUGAUAUGUUAUCGAGACACAACAACGAAGUGGAACACUUGCGCAAAAAAUUGCAAAAAUAUAAACAUGAUAAUUUAGACAAGGACAGGAGAUUGCGGGACCAAAACGACGAAGUUUUAAAAACACAAAGUGCUUUAAAACGCAUGAAAGCGAUUGUUAAGGAUAAAAAUUUGCUUGAGAGAGACGAACUGAGUCGAAAGCUUGGUGAUACUCAGGACGAACUUGAAGAAAAGAAAACACGUGUUCAGGAAUUAGAGAAAUACAUAGAAAAUUUGAAGAAAAAUCAUCGAGUGGAAAUAAAUGAGAUCAAAGCAAAACAACGUGAAAGCGAACACCAGUUAGAGGAACUACAGCAUGAGCAUGCUAAACUGAAAAUUACAUUAAAGGAGAAAGAAAAAGAAUUGGACAUUAAAAACAUUUAUAGCAAUCGUGUUAUCCGUGCAUCGACGAAGCUCAGUAAUAGUCUUAGCACCACCCCUAUGCCGACUCCACGCAAAGUGCGAACGGCAAACAAAGCGGUGCAAGCCGUAGACAUUUCUGAAUUCAACAAACCACCCACCAAAACAAAGGAGGAAGUGUCUCCACGUGACGUGCUUCCACAAGAGGAUAGCUUUGAAAAACAAUUACAACGCCAGAGGGAUUUAGAAAGACAACAAGAAGAGGAUAGACGACGGUUAGAGGAGGAUGAGAAGAAACGAAAAGAACAAGAGGAGGCAGCUAGGAUUUUAAGAGAGUUGGAUUUUGGAGGGUUACACAGAGAAACCAGUGCGGAUAGGAAGAGACGAGAAGAAGAAGAAGAGUUGGCAAAAUCAAGAAUGCGAGAAAGUAGUCAGUUCACGUCCGGGGACACUUUUGUGUCACAAUUGGCCAGGGAGAGAGAAAGACGGCGAAAGCAAGAUGCAGAGGCAAAGAAAGCAAAAGAAGAACAAGAAAGGCGGGAGAUUGAGGAGAGAGAGAGACGAGAACGAGAGGAAAGAGAGCGACGAGAACGAGAACAGAAGGAGAAGGAAGAAGCAGAGAGGAGAGAACAGGAAAGGCUGGAGGAACAGGAGAGAGAGCGGAUAGACCAGGAGGAACGAGAGAAACAAGCAAAGAUUGAUGAAGAUCGUCGAAAGAAAGAUUUGCUUUUAGCGAGAUUACGUGACAUUGAUGCCGGGAAGAAUCCUCCUCCGGAUUCACCAGAAGAGUCUCGUAAAAAUUACAACUUCAGUGACCCAAUUGUAAAUUUACAUAAUGGUUUACCAUCACACCCCCCAGACGAGGCUAAAAAUUCUGCCAAAAAGAAGAAAAAGAAAAGCUUGGAAGGAAAUGAUGGAUUUGCAGUAGGAGGAUACGCCCCCUCAUUUGGAAGACGUGUUCAUGCAAAACCGCAGAAAAAAUCAGAUUGGUUGUUUGACGAAGACAAUUCUGAAAAGAAAAGCCCAACUCCUGAGAAAAAAUCAAACUUAAUGUCUGAUUUAUUUGGUAACACACCAGACGACAAACCACGAGCCUCUCUUGGUGAUGAUAUUUUCACAACUUCUACAAAAGCAAAACCUGUAGCUGAUAAAAAUGCUUAUCCCUGGGAGAAGGGAGUUGAUGUAGCAACAGCAAGAGGUGGUCGCCGAGCAACCAACAAUCUGUUCAGUGAUGAUGAUGAUGAGAAUGAUAAAUUGUUGCCGCGCCGACCACGUCACAACAAUAACACAAUGUAUGAUGCAAAACCAGCAGUGAACGCAAUUGACGACUUUGAUGACGAUAUUGAAGAAGUCAUCUUGUAA